AUGCCAUCAUACUUGCAUGAUGAUUCAUUAUACUUGAAUUACAUUGAUGAAGAUGAUUCUCCAAACCUCAACAUCUCAUCAAACAACCCCUUACCAUUUCUCCCCACUCUUCACUUGUAUUCUCCUCCUCCUCUUCUUCCAAUGCCAUUCAAGAUAGGACAUAAGAGAUCAAGAAAUCAAGAAAGCAAUAGUGUAAACACAUCGAAGAAACUCCGCUUCCGCGAUCAUAUCAGAAACUUCAAGAAGAAGUUCAAAGAAGAAGAUUUGUUGGAGGAAACAGAGGUGGAGGAGGAGGAUGAGGAUGCUGCGGCAGGCAUGCAACUUGUUAAACUUCUUAUAUCUUGUGCGGAAGCCGUUGCUUGCCGUGACCGUGAGCAAGCUACUAAUCUACUCUCUUUACUACGAGCGAAUGCGAUGGUGCUCGGAUCAUCUUUUCAACGUGUUGCGUCGUGUUUUGUUCAAGGUCUCACUGACCGCCUCACUCUCGUUCAACCACUCGGUGCCAUCACCUGCAUCACCCCUUCUCCGGCCUUAUCGGAGAAAGAAGAUGCCUUGAGUUUGGUCUAUGAACUUUGCCCAUAUAUUCAAUUUGGUCAUUUCAUCGCUAACACUUCAAUUUUGGAAGCCUUUGAGGGAGAGACUCUAGUCCAUAUUUUGGACCUAGGCAUGACUAUGAGCUUGCCUCAUGGUCAUCAAUGGCGCAAUCUCCUAAAUAGUCUUGCUAGCAAAGCAACACCACCACCACUCCGCAUUCGAAUCACCGGUAUCGGUCCUUCCUCUGAUCGUCUUGAAAAAAUCGGUGAAGAGUUGGUAAUUUACGCGAAAACUCUUGGUAUCAAUCUCGAGUUUUUCUCCGUGAAUGUUAAUCUUGAAAACUUGAGCAUCGAACAGUUAAAGAUCAAUGACAAUGAGGUGCUAGUUGUGAAUAGCAUACUGCAACUACAUUGCGUGGUGAAGGAAAGCCGCGGAGCUCUCAACUCGGUGUUACAAAUGAUUCAUGAGCUUUCGCCUCGAGUUUUUGUGCUUGUUGAGCAAGAUUCAAGUCACAAUGGUCCUUUUUUCCUUGGUAGAUUUAUGGAGGCUUUGCAUUAUUAUUCGGCAAUUUUUGAUUCAAUCGAUGUGGUUCUACCAAAGUAUGAUACUAAGAGAGCGAAAAUGGAGCAAUUUUAUUUUGCUGAAGAGAUCAAGAAUAUUGUGAGUUGUGAGGGACCGGCAAGGGUGGAGAGGCAUGAGAGAGUGGAUCAAUGGCGCAGAAGGAUGAGCAGAGCCGGAUUUCAGGUUGCACCAUUAAAAAUGGUGACAGAAGUGAAGCAGUGGCUUACUAAAAAAACCGCCUGUGCUGGGUAUACAAUUGCAGAAGAGAAAGGGAGUCUUGUGCUUGGAUGGAAGUUGAAGUCAAUUGUAGCUGCUUCUUGUUGGAAGUGUUAAUGCUAAUAGUCUCAUAUCGAUUAAUUUGAUUAAUGUCAGUCUUGAUAUUGUAUUUGGAGAAAACAAGAAUUAGAGUGGUGAAUGACUCAUAUUGUGUUUAU